AGUCUUAAUUGAUAAACAUGUAUCGAGCUAACAGUGUUGUGCCCCGGCUCUGUCGCCAACUGCAGACACUGGUUCGCCAGCCAUUACGAUGUCAGUCCAACUACCCCGUACAUUCUUGGUUCGGUAUGCGGGCGAACAAGACCCCAUGUGAUCUACAUUUAAACCGAAGACAUGCAUUUGACAAACAUUUCCGUUCCAUUUUGGAGGAGAUGAAUCAGAUGACGAGACAUGCAUUUGACGAGAUUGUCGAAGGCAUCCCGCGCCGGGGGAGACAUGUCUUAUCGAGGUCUGAGGCAGUCGAGUUGAAGUUUGACGAUAAAGCAUUCUCUUUGAAAAUGAAUAUGCGAGACUUUGAACAAGAGCACGUGAAGCUUAAAAUCAAUAAUAACAGACUCGUCAUUUCGGCAAAGCACGAGAAACCAGGCGGUAACGGAUGUGUUUCAAGGGAGAUGACUCGAGAGUUCCUAAUCCCAGAGAACAUCGACGUAGAAAGUAUGAACGCAAUCGUCACGGACGACGGUUUAUUAGUGGUAAAUGGUCGGGUCAAAGGUGUCACGGAGGAAAUGGAGAAGGUCAUCGAAAUCCAACGGGAAUCGUCGUCAUAAGUUUACCAGCUGUUUUGUUCCAGACUUGUUUAAUGUACAUUUGAAGGACAUAUAGUGCAUUAUUACCAGCAACAGGUUAAAGUGUGGACGAUUCAGUUACCUACCUGAUACACAUGGGACAUACACAUCACUAUCAGAUUAUAUUCCUGUCGUCUACAGGACAGUUAACCUAAUGUUUAAUUUGUAAAAGUCAUUUUUAACGAACUUUAUUUAUUGACUGUAGCCUAUAUGUACAAAUGUAUGUUAGAGCUUUGUCUCAAAUUGUUUCCAACAUUUAUAUAAGUUGGUGACGAGCCAUAACUGACAUUAGUUGCAUGACUAGUCCAUAGCCAGCGUAUUUCAAGCUUUCUAGAUUUAGAUACGCAAAUUAACAUAUAAUUUAAGGUACACCGUUGUGUGUUUUUGCGUGUGUUUUUAUGUUUUUGAUUUUGUUGUUUUGUUGUUUUGUAUUUUAAUAAUGGACUUAAUCGACAACUUGUUUGCAUCCGUUUAUAUAAUGUGAGGGGAAGUAACUCCCAUAUGUUGGUUUUAAUACUAAAGAAACACUUUACAUAAAAAUCUCCUUGCCAUAUAUACGUAUAUAAAUGACCUAGAAUUAACGUAACAGAAUGUUUAACUUGUACGCUGAUGGAUAUUUUUCGUUUAUCUUAGAUUUUCAUCAAAUAAAACUUUCGAAACAACAAAUCCAUGUAUAUUGCA